AUGGGCAAACACAACCACCAGAGGCCGUCACAGUCCGGCCGGACGAAUCUGGCAUCCUGCAUCGUCGCCACAAUCUUCCUAAUCUUCCUCGUCAUCAUCCUCCUCAUCGUCUUCUUCACCGUCUUCAAGCCCAAGGACCCCAAGAUCUCCGUCAACGCCGUCCAGCUCCCCUCCUUCUCCAUCUCCAACAACACCGUCAAUUUCACCAUCACCCAGUACGUCUCCCUCACCAACCCAAAUCGGGCCUCCUUCUCCCACUACGACAGCACCCUCCAGCUCGUCUACGCCGGGUCCCAGGUCGGGUUCAUGUUCAUACCCGCGGGCAAAAUCGAGUCGGGUCGGACCCAGAACAUGGUCGCCUCCUUCUCCGUCCAGUCCUUCCCGCUCUCGUCGAACCCGGAAGCCGCCGUCAAUUUAGGAGGCGCUGCGGUUUUCCCCGGAGUCGGCGUCGGUGGCGGGUUCCCUGCUGUUGGGGUCGGGCCGGGCGGCGGAGCCGGGUACAGGGUCGGGCCGACGAUGGAGAUCGAGUCGAUGAUUCGGAUGGCGGGUCGGGUCAGGGUGCUCCACUUCUUCACCCACCACGUGGAGGGUAAGGCGGCGUGCCGGGUCGCCAUUUCUGUUACUGAUGGAUCUGUGCUUGGCUUCCAUUGCUAG